AUUAAUACAGUGGGGACCGCCGGCAUCGGUGGCACACAAUUCGUGAGUUCUGCUCCCUUUCGUAGCUUCCUUCAACCGCGUCAAACAAAACCGCAUGCAUCAUUCCUCUAUAUAAACUCACAAUCCUGAUUCACCUUUCACACUCUUUUCUCCUCACAAAUACAAAAAGUUAAUUGGAUCUGCCGCAGGAGCAACAAAUGGCCGGACAGACAUACGAGGAAGCCGUUGCAGCGUUGACCAAGCUUAUAAGCGAGAAAGCUGACCUGGGUGCCGUCGCCGUCGCAAAAAUCAAUCAGUUGACGACAGAGCUGAAGAACGAUGCGUCGAAGCCGUUCAACCCGGACGAGAGGAUCCGAACCGGGUUCGACCACUUCAAGAACGAGAAAUUCCAGAAGAAUCCAGAAUUGUAUGGUGAACUUGCCAAAGGCCAGAGUCCUAAGUUUCUGGUGUUUGCUUGCUCAGACUCGAGAGUUUGCCCUUCCCAUAUUCUGGAUUUCCAACCGGGUGAAGCGUUUGUGGUCCGAAAUAUAGCCAACAUGGUUCCUCCUUAUGACAAGACCAAGUAUUCAGGAACAGGAGCGGCCAUUGAAUAUGCAGUGCUGCAUUUAAAGGUGGAGAAUAUUGUGGUCAUUGGACACAGUUGCUGUGGAGGUAUAAAGGGCCUAAUGUCCAUCCCAGAUGAUGGGACCACUGCAAGUGAAUUCAUAGAGAAUUGGGUCCAAAUUUGCACUCCGGCAAAGUCCAAGGUUAAGACUGAAGCAGGCACAUUGGAAUUUUCGGAGCUGUGUACCAACUGCGAGAAGGAAGCUGUGAAUGUAUCAGUUGGGAACCUUUUGACUUAUCCAUUUGUGAGAGAAGGUGUUGUGAAUAAAACGCUUGCUUUGAAAGGUGCACAUUACAAUUUCGUUAAGGGUAGCUUUGAGCUGUGGGAUCUGGACUUCAAAAUCUCUAACUCUCUCACUGUUUAAGACGCAUGCAUGUUGAUGUACAUGAUCUUCCCCUUUGCAAGUGUUUGAUAAAUGUAUAAGAAUCCCCUUUCCCCUGGUUGUUUCCCUCAAAUCCCCAGAAAAAGAAGCCAACACUGUGCUAAAAUAAUGGUCUCUUAGUCUUGAGACCAGUUCAAUAAGUUCUUUUUUGCGUCGUUUUAAUUACAUACUCGCUUUUCUAUAA